AUGUCGGACCGCUCAUCCGCGUUGAGUGCCACAGAGCUGCCAGAGCUGUACGACUAUCUCUGCAAGCUCAUCGUCAUCGGCGACUCGGGCGUCGGCAAGUCGUGCCUGCUGCACUACUUCCUCAACGACAAGAUCCGGGAUCCCUCGCCGCACACUAUCGGCGUCGAGUUCGCGAGCACCCUCAUGCGCCUGCCGUCCUCUCUUCCUCCUUCCGCCGGCGCCGCACCGGGCGCUACGUCGAGCAAGACCCUCAAGGUGCAGUGCUGGGAUUCGGCGGGUCAAGAGCGGUUCCGGAGCGUGACUCGUAAUUACUACAGAGGCGCCUGCGGCGCCGUAAUCGUAUACGACAUCACGAGCCGAAAAUCGUUCGAGGCGUUGCAGAGCUGGCUGUCGGACGCCCGAGCGCUUGCGUCGCCCGAGCUCCAGGUCGUCGUUGUCGGCAACAAGAUGGACCAGGAGGACGACCGGCAAGUGCCGUACCUCGAGGGGAGCAGAUGGGCGCAGGACCACGGCGCGCUGUUUGUCGAGACGUCGAGUCGGCGGGGCGACAACGUCGAGCAGCCGUUCAUCCUCCUCGCGCGCGCCAUCCUCCUCGCUGUCGAGUCGGGCAAGCUCGACCCGGACAAGGCGGGCUCGGGCGUGUCGUACGGCGAGCGGGCACUGCGGCGGAUCAGCAGCUGGAGUGGGAGCCUGAACGGCGGGACCAGCAAGGGCAAGUUGCUCGGCGGCAAGUGCUGCUGAGGUCCUCGCGCUCGUUCCUCUUCUUUCUCGCCCUCGCCCUCGCACGACGUUCGCCUCUCCUCCCCUACCUUAUCGUCGCCGUCGUGUCUCUGUAGCCGAACCCACGUAAUCUGUCAUCCACCGUCGCACUG